AUCGUUUGGUUUAAUUCUCAUUGGGCUUUGUUCGCUGAUUAUAUCAAAUAUCGAACGUCUUACGAAACAAAUUAUUUUUUAAAUGUAAGAAUCAAUGUAACUCAUAGAAUCGGCUUUUAUUUUUUACAUAUCGUUGUCGCACUAAGGUUAAAGGGACUGUGAAAUUUUACAAAUCUGGAAAAUCCUCACAAAAGAUGAUAGCUUUUAUUAAUCAUCUCUACAAUCAAUAUCAUUAUAUUACUGACUAUAAAGCAGGUAAUACAUAUCCUAGAACAAAAGAUUGGUUAUUCGUGGGAUCAUUUUGGUAUCUUUUCGGCAUCAUAGGAAUUUAUCUCCAAUUUAUUUACAUAAGCGGACCCGCAUUCAUGGAAAAAAGAAAACCUUUUGAGUUGAACAGGAUCCUGCAGCUGUAUAAUGUUAUACAAAUCAUAUUAAAUGGAUAUAUUUUUGUUAUGGGCAUUUCAUCAGGAUUGAUAGCGAAAUCGACAUUUAUUUGCUUGCCUAUUGACUAUUCGAAUGAUCAACAGGCCUUACAGGUGGCAUUUCUAGUUUGGUUGUAUUACAUAAUCAAGAUAUUUGAUCUUCUGAACACAAUAUUCUUUGUAUUACGGAAGAAGCAGAAUCAAGUGACGUUCCUACAUACUUAUCAUCAUAUUGGAAUGAUAAUUGCAACAUGGAUAGGCGUAAGAUACUUGGCUGGUGGACAAGGCAUAUAUAUAGGUUUCUACAAUUCGUUCGUUCACACAAUUAUGUACGCUUAUUAUCUAUGGACAUCGUUAAAGCUUAGUAAUGCAUGGUGGAAGAAAUACAUUACUCAAUUACAAUUCCUACAAUUUAUUAUAAUAUCGUUACAAUUUUCAUUGGCUAUUUUUACCAAGGAUUGCGGUUAUCCCAAGUUGCCAAUGUUAAUGAUUAUGCCGCACAUGAUCUUUAUCAUAAUACUAUUUGCAGACUUUUAUUACAAGAGGUAUAUAAAAAAGUAAUCAUUUUAAAUUGAUAGAAACGGCGUCUCGACUAAAACGGAUCAAAGUGGCGUUAAACUGUCAAAUGGAAAAUCAAAGAUAUCCGAAAAUUUGACAAAAUCUUCAUAAAAUUUUUUUCGAAAAUUUUUGCCGCCAGGCGAACAUACUGUUUCUAAGUCGUACGUGCUCAGAAUUUAUAAUACAAUUCUUUUGAAAUAUACGAUCGAUGCAACAUUAACAGUCAAUAGUCCAUGACAAAAAAGCUUUAGCUAUUGAAAUUAUUGAAUCGAAAUAAGAACAAUAAAGUAAAUUUAUUUUGUUUCAUUAUUAUAUGAAUGAAGCACACAUUUCUUUUCUAACCAUUAUAGAUUUAUUAGCGAUUUUUUUGUACAUUUUUUACAUUAUGGAAGCUCUUCAGUAAAAUACAUAUUUGGUCGAGAUGUUAUACUUUUGUCAUAUACGAAAAUUUUUACAGAUAUUACCUUAUUCUUAUUAUUAUUAUUAUUAUUAUUAUUAUUAUUAUUAUUAUUAUACUAAGAUUCCUAUCAUCGACUAUUUUAAAUUUUAUCCGAUGAUAUCACAUGCUUAUUCUAGGAUGAUUAGGUUUAGUAAAAACUUGUAAUUACAGUACAAUAAAAAUCGAUUACGAAUUUAUAGCUAAUUUAGAUAAGAGUUUCAGAGUUUAAUUUACCCCGAGCUUAUAUGUUCGUGUUCGUUGAAGUCUUGAGAAACUUUUUUAAGAAUUUAGAUUAUUAAUCCUGUAUUGUAUAUGUAUAUGUAUAAGUAGAAUGCUAUGAAGGAUGAAUCUUGGAUUUUUUGAUGAAAAUUAAUUUUAUUGUAAUAACUCUUAAAAUUGCUCUUAAAAUUGCUUUUAAAAGAUUCUUCCACUGUAAAAUGGUAACCAUUUUCGCAUGACCAAAAACCCAAAACGGCUACGGCACAGCUGUAUACAUUAACUAAUUGUGAAUACUUAUAUUUUUAAAAUACUUUUAACACUUAUUCGUACACCUAUUCGUACGAUUAGCAAUCACUGCCAUUCGUUGAGCAUGAAUGAUCAAAAAAAUAAAUAGCAGAAAAGCAGAAAAAUGUUUGUUACAUAUGACUAAAUUCUAUAAAUUUUGAUUAAUUAUAA